AAGAGGUUUAAGGCCGCACUUUAAUUCCAAAGGGUUUAUGCUUUCAACCCUUCCUCCGCCCCCAGACAACUCCAAUUUGGGGGAAUAACAAAAUUGGCGCCGCCGUAUAAACAUCAUAUUUACUUAGUUGGGGGCCAGUGCACAGAUUUCAAGCAAAGAUGAUGAAAUUAAAAACCCCUUCCAAGAAAAGGGUUCUCCGGGAGCUAGAGAAACGUGAACCAAAACUUGUUGAGACAGGGAAGAAAACUCUGAUACUUCAUGGUACUAAAACCAGCAAUGUGUUGAAUGCUGUAUUGGCUGAGAUUUAUCAUUUGAAGAGAGGCAGUGCUCUCAAAUAUUCUAAGAAGAAUGAAAAUGUCCGGCCUUUUGAGAGUGGUGGCGAAACUUCUUUGGAGUUCUUCUCGCUUAAAACUGACUGUGGUCUGUUCGUGCUAGGUACGCACUCUAAGAAGCGGCCGAAUAAUCUUGUGAUUGGAAGGUUUUAUGAUCACCAUAUUUAUGAUCUUGUGGAGGUUGGAGUCGAGAAUUUCAAAAGCAUUGAGUCUUUUUCUUAUGAUAAGAAAUUGACUCCUCAUAUGGGAUCAAAACCUUUUUUUGCUUUCAUUGGAGAAGGAUUUGAUAGUAAUGAAGAGUUGAAGCAUUUAAAAGAAGUUCUACUUGAUCUUUUCCGGGGAGAGGUUAUAACAAAUCUCAACCUAGCUGGUUUGGAUCGUGUUUAUUUGUGCACGGCCGUGUCGUCCAAUAAGGUGUUCUUCACUCAAUGUGCUAUUCAGUUGAAAAAGUCGGGCACCAAGGUACCAAGGAUUGAGUUGGUUGAGGUUGGCCCUUCUAUGGAUUUUAUCGUUAGGCGACAUCGUCAACCUGAUGACAGAUUGAAGAACCAGGCAAUGAAAACAGCUCCUGAUUCUACAAAGAAAAAGGUGAAAAAUGUUGUGAAUGAUCAAAUACGUGGUAAACGUGCGAGGAUAUUCAUACCAGAUCAAAAGGUUGGUAAUGUUGCUCUGCCUCAUAAAGCGAAAGGAGUGAAGAGGGAGCGCCGAGAAGCUAAGAUGAAGGAUGAGGAGACCCGCGAACCUGCUGGAAAGAAACAGAAGGAUAAUGGUAAUUAGUGUUGUUAAGGAUUUUUGCACAAGUCAAUCCCGCGCAACUGAUGAUUCUAAACGGUUCAAGCACAAUAUGGAUAAAAGUGAAGAUGGCUGAACUUGUACUGGGCUGUAGGAAGCUUAGAAGUAUACCGGAGUAGCCGUCUUAUUUUUGGAAAUGCUAUAUGAGAUUUUGAGAGAAGGUUUUUUAAGUAUGGAUGGAUCCUAGUACUGUGUAUUGUUGUGGAAAGACUUCAUCGUAACAAAGUGCCACCCACUAAUUUUCUUGAAUUCAUGAAUUUCGCUAUACUUGAAGCGGUUUAGUAUUCGAAUAUAAACUGAAAUCCAGUGUUUCUUUC